AAAGGGGGAGGGGCUCAUUGGCAACGACAUUGCUCAGCGACGCCAAGAUCUAAGACUUUGACUUCAUGCCCUCUGCUUCAUGCCACUAGCUUGAAGUACAAGACCCCUCGAGAAUGAUUAGGAGUCAAGUCUAUACCUCUAGGCCCCGGUCUAGCCUCCCAGCACGCACCUCCACCAGUUUAUCAAGGCUACCCUCUUCAAUUGAGAGAAUGCCAAAAGCGGAAAUCCUGGAGAAAUGGAUGGCCCGAUCUACUAAGCCAGGAACACAAUCAUGGUCUAGACCAUCCACUCCGGUUCAGGACAACAAACUUGGGAGGCCAACCAAUGCUAGUGUGCUACGAUCCAAGACAUGUCCAGCUGCACUUGUGGAGCCAUGCUACAAGGAGCAGAUACGAAAAAAGAAAAUGUUUGAAAUUAAAUGCAAGGUGUUGACGGCAUCAAUGCUAUCGCAAACCCUUCCUAAUGGAGAAACAUUUCAUGGCUUUCUCAUUGGAGCUAGAUACAACAGUGCCAACACUGUAGAUAGUUACUCACUGGAAAGAUGUGGAGUCCAUGUUCCAAGGGGAGACACAAAAAAGUUGUUUAUUCGCCAUGUUGGAAAGAAACCACCAUCUGCAAAAAUAUUUGGGAACCUUGUUGAAGGCUCUCGUGUUGUAUCAGGGACUCCAGCAGGCAGGCAGAGCAAGCCUCGUUUGCAGCCAGAGCCUUGGGUUGUGGAAACAAAACGAAUUGAAGACUCUGCUGGUUCCAUUGAGCAAGAACUAGACGCAGUGUUUGGACCAAAUGAGGAGGGAAGCUGUUCAGGAACAACCAUACACUCUGUCUGCGAAAAUGCACAAGAUAAAAACAAUGAGGCACAAAGCGACAAUUAUAAUAUUGCCACACAAGAGUCCGUGUCAGAAGAUCAAGACGAAUCUACAGAUUUAACUAAAGAGAAACCACUUUCUCCCACCUCACGUCUCCACACAAAGGAAGACAUUUCUCUGCCAUCAUUUUUACUUUCUGAAGAUCAAAGAGAAGAGAACGAACAUGAUUUCAUCUCACGUGAAGCACAUAGACUGACACAAGAAAUCCUACAAGAGUCAAUGUGCUCGUUUUCAAGGCACAGCAGCAUUGAUCCAGUUAACACUAACUCUACAGCUAACUCACAAUCUGAAGCAAAGAGCAUUGAUCCAGUUAACACUAACUCUACAGCUAACUCACACUCUGAAGCAAAGAGGAUUGAUCCAGUUAACAUUAACCCUACAGCUAGCUCACAGCCUGAAUCAAUGAACAUGGAGAACAAAUCACUUCAAAGUAGCCUUGAGAAUAUGUCUAACGAUGAAUGCUCAAGUCAAGACACAAACGAUCAUAUUUCUACAGAAAGCAAUAGACCAGUUUCUGCUGUACUCUCCAGAAAAAAUAACACUUUUCAAUUCGAUAGUAGGCCGCAGUCAGCAAGAGUGUACUCACAGAACAGAACCGCUAACUCUGUUGUGAUUGACAUGACUAAUUUACAGUCUGUUGAAGAUACCUAGAAUUGAAUGUGUGUGUGGUAAUAUCAUCUAUCAACUGGUAUAAUUAUUUUAAUGAAUUCAUUACAAUGUGGUAUCAACUGGUAUGCACUUG